AUUAUCCUUCAGAAAAACCAUCGCAACUCUAUUUACAGCUUUGUUAUGACCACAGCCAGUAUAUAAAUGCUGUGAGGAGAGUGACUGCAUGACUGAGACUGCACUUCUUUCUUCUUCUUAAACAAGAUGAAUGCAACAGGAGCCGAGCCAGCGGAGGGCUCCAAGCCUGCUCCUCCUAAGUUCAAGCAGAAGGGCUCUCGGCAGUUUAAGAGCAAAGCCCCCAAACCUGGACAGAAGGGCUUUGACAAUGAUGUCCCAGGGAUGGAGGAGCUUGGAGACUCUGCAGUGGUCUGUCCCUGGGAGGCCUUUGGUGACAUGGAGCUGAGCGACCUGGCUCAGUUUGGCGUUGUCUAAACCCACCAGCAGACGUGUGAAUGUUUGGAACAUCUCUUUGGUUCCUAAUGUAGAGGAUGAGGAGCAUCCUCUGAGUCUAGGAGCCUCUGUAACUCUGCUGUAAAUGGAGAAAGGAAACAGUGGAACCUUAGAUCUGUAAACUAUCAAAACAAAACCAAGCAAACUUGCACUGAAUUUAAAGGACCCUAUUUAACAUUUAACAGCCGACUGCUAAUAAAUCCACAGAUAUGUUUCUGAUUUGUCUUUGCUGAGGACUUUGUGUAGAUUAAUGUGAACAAAAACAACCGAAUCCAUGUUAAGAUUUGUGAAAUAAGAUAUGUUAGGCUUAAGUGUAUGACAGCCGAUAACUAAUCCUUGCUACACAUGGGUUGCAAACAUUUUGCCACUACACCUGUGGCCCAUGACAACGAACCCAAGCAUCCCACCAGUGGCGAGCCAAUCUGAUCUCAGCCUCAUGGAGCCAGUGUGAGGUCACACGAAGAGACCGAAGAUGCUGACAAGAAGAAAAGUUCUUCAAGAUGUUGACCAGCCUAAAUGCCACUCAUCUUGAAAGACUAUUUACAAGUGUGCUGAGGAGACCUGGUAUUUGAGUUUAUUUCAUGAAAUGUUUGAGAAUUAAAAACUAUUUAUGACAUUUUUUUUGAUAUUAUGUUUUUAUGACCAGAAGCUUUCCCUUGACCUCAGAGGAAAGCAUCAUGAUGUGCAUGAAGGAUGUGAACCAUUGCAACUAUAACAUAUCUAUCUAUCUAUACUGUACAUACAUGCAAGUAAAAACAGGUUUAUAAACAGAAUUUAUGACAGCAGAAUAAUAAUCACAGCUUGCUGAAGGUUUAACUGAAUGUUGAAAGUUAAUGCAAAUGUCUUCAUAAUAAAUGGAUUGGACUAGUUUUUA